AUCCACUGUAUCAUGCCACCAAAGCCUGAGGCAGCUAAAAUUAACGCUCCAUGAUUCGAUUCGGCAAGAAACCCAAUGGUCCGAGAGCUCUUUCCAAGCUGCGAUCUUCUUUAACAUACAUCACAUCACCACUUUUCACUACGAGCCGUCGCCAUUGAGCCCCCCCAACCAACAUCUUUUUCCUCCAAAAUAAAUCACUUUAACCGCCAAGAUGUCCGACGAAGAACGCGUAACGAUGCCCUUCAAGUUCGUCACCGCCGGUGUCGACGCUCGAUUCCCCAACCAGAACCAAACCAAGCACUGCUGGCAGAACUACGUCGAUUACCACAAGUGCAUCAACGCCAAGGGCGAGGACUUUGCCCCGUGCCGUCAGUUCUUACUCGCAUAUCGAUCUCUAUGCCCGAGCGGAUGGUACCAACGAUGGGAUGAGCAGCGAGAGGCUGGAAACUUCCCCGCCAAGUUGGAUGCUUAAGUGCAACGCUAUGGUUUUUUAUAAGCAUCCGUCGAAUCAGCAACGUUGGACUUUUUCGAUGUAGUAUAUUACCUACCUAAGACUUUAAGCCAGCCAACAACUAAAGAUUCGCUCCAAAUUUCUCGUUUUUUAUGCCUAUGUUUAUAUGACUAGUUGACACAUAUUGCCAGUCUUGAUUCUCACCAUAGGCAGGAAAGCCAAGAGUAUAAUCUCAGGCAUAACUCUUUUAUGUAUGCCUAAGGUUUACCUUGGGAUAUUUUUGUGCCAAAUACGAGUAAAAAUUUCUUAUUUGGGACAUAUGCCUUGCUACCUUGUGCGAAUUUGUCCUGCCUUACAAGCAGUAAGAGAUGAAAGAAAUAAACAGCAAGGGAGCUAGAAUCAAUCCUGUUAAGGUAUGUAUAAGUAGCUUAGGGGUAGAUCUAUCAGGAUUGGGUAUAUAAAAAGCGCGCAGCGCCCUCGUAAGAAGGUAAAAGGCAGGCGUUAAUGGUUUAAUAC